AUGAUGAAUUUUCUUGCAUUGAUCUCUGCAUUUGGGAUAAUAGCCAUAGCCCAUUUGUUAAACCAUGGAUUUACAGAGGCCACUGCAACCGUUAUUGACUUGUCAAAACCCAAAGGAACGGUUAAAACCAUCAAGAGUGACUACGGAGAUAUUAUCGAUUGUGUUAGUAUCUACAAACAAAUCAGUUUCGAUAAUCCAUUGAUUAAGAGCUCGCAACUCAAUCUUAACUUGGAGAAACAGCAUGCGGUGGUAUGGGAUAAGGAAGGAGCAUACUUAGGAGCUUCUGCAAAAUUCAGUGUUCCGAAUCCUCGAACUCAGCAAAAUGAUUUCAGUUUAGCGCAAAUUUGGCUCUUAACUGCGAUGGACACACCACGUUUAAACGCUAUUGAAGCCGGUUGGACAAGUGAUCGCUAUAACAGAACAGGAUGUUAUAAUCUCUUAUGCGAAGGCUUCGUGCAAACAAGCCGGACUUUUGCUGUCGGCUCUCCCCUAUCGAUUUCCAGCGAGAUAAAAGUUUCUGUCUUCAAGGACUCUGAAACAGGAAACUGGUGGCUGCAAGUGGACGACGAUUUAUAG